GAUGUAAGUGACAGGUGGGAAGACUGACAGCUGGAGAAAGUACAUAGUGUUAUAAGACAGCGACAGCAACGGGCAUUAUGACCAUACUAGUCACCGACUUUCAGAAUGCUGGUCGUGGCAAUUGUCUCAGCACUUCUCAUGCUGGUAGCCCGGGCGUCAUCACAGCUGUGUGUACCCGACUGCACAGGCAGGAAAGAGGGAGACCUGGUAAAAGACCCUGCCAACUGUCUUCAAUAUUACGUCUGUAGCGACCCAGAUGGGGACGGUGUCCUCCCCAUAGAGCCGUCUCUCUUCCCUCUCGAAUGCGAAGAAGGGUAUUACUUCAAUUCAGCUGAAAAUGUGAGGCAAUGUGAGAAGAUAGAUCCUUCUGAUGACUAUUGCAAAGGUCUCUGCAGCCCGUGUUUAGUCCAAUGUGAGACUCCAGGCACAUUAAUUCCAUCAACAGUGGAUUGUUCUAUAUAUAAAGUGUGUCUCGCAUCCGAUGUCAUAGAGGAAGAAUGUCCGACUGCUACUCCGUAUUUCAACUUCGAGACGGGAGAUUGUUCUGAUGACCCUACUGUUUGCUACGAAACUUGUGACCCCUGUGACGUGUACUGCGUGACGGAGGGCAAGAUUCCUAAUCCACACAAUUGUUAUGGCUACUUGUACUGCAACCCUCCUGAUGUGGCUGUCUUUCUGUGCCCCGAUGGCGAGGUCUUUAACCCAGACACUCUCAUCUGUGAGAGCACCACAGAUCCCUGUGAAAACAGUUGUGCAGACACCACUGGCGCUUAUGAUGAUUCCUGGGACUCGUUUUUGGAAUAAGUUUGUGCAUGUUUGAUAUGCGAAUAAAUGUAUCAACUUUUACACAUUUUGCAAAAAAAAAAAAUCAUUUUAUGUAAAGCUUCAUAUAGUGUAAUUAUCUCAUAUGAAAAUAUGCAUCCUUUAUCCUGAUGCCAUUGAGAUUAGAGAGAAAAGUAAAAUGUAUGUGAUAACGAGUGACUCACUGGCACCAACAUGUCUGAGCAAAUUCCUUGGUUGACACUUGGCGCUAUUGGUCGAAAUGUGACUCCACUGGUCAAGACGUGAUAUAUCUGUUCGAGAUGUCUUAUCACAGAUCACUGGAGAAUACGUGACACUACUGUUCUAACAGUAACAGAACUACUAGGGAAAUACGUUCAGGGAAAUAUGCUCAGUAUUUAGUUUUCUUACCAUUGUCACAGAGAACAUGUAGUGACAGAGGAAUAUCAAAGAUCAAUACUUAACUCUCAUAGUGAAACCAAAGCCGUGAACCUAGACUCACAUAUCACUACUGGAGUCUCUGAGAUACAACUUCAACGAAUCAGACUUCAAGAAACAGUUCUUAAUUAACCUAAAAAACCAACUUUACACAACUUGUACAUAAUGUCACAGGGAAACUAAAUGUACAUCAGUCGCUGCACGAUCCAAGAUAACCAUAGUCCCUUGUAACACAGUGCAAGAGAUGAAAUAAAACAUAUAUAUAUAUAAUUUGCUAAAUAAAAAAAAAAAGAGCGUACAGAGGCCCAAAAUAAGUAAGUUUUAUUUAAGUUCUGGGUACAUAGCACAGAAACAUUUUUACAAUGGUCUUAAGGACACAAACGUUACAGACACAAAAAAAAUACACUAGAGAUGAUUUUACUUAGGAUACCCAAUAAAUACAAACACUGAGACUUCUGAUCACAAGAUAUAUAUUCCAAAUAUUUCACAAAAGGAAAAAUUUAUUUAAAAAAUCGCCACAUUAAAAUUUACACAACCUUAAAUUAAAAGAAAGCUUCCAUUCAAGAAACACAUCAGCAGUAAAAAUUUAAAACUGAUAAGAAGAUACAGUCACUAACUAUUGGAAUGAAUAUUACUGUAUGCUAACAGCACCAUUCAACGCAAGUGAAAUCACAUAUCUAGAGAAUGUACAGAAAAAAAUUACUACACCUGGUAUGUCAGUCAAAGCCUUUAAUUACUGCGAACUUUUGAAAUCCCUUGGCUUGUACUCCCUGAAAUGCAGGCGAGAGAGGUACAUUAUAAUCUACACCUUAAAAAUCCUACAGGGACUGGAACGAAAUCUGCACACAGAAUCACUGCCUAUGAAAUCAAAAGACUAGGCAAACAGUGCAACAGCCUCCUAAAGAAAAGCAAGGGCGCCAUGAGUGCACUAAGAGAAAACACUUUAAGCUUCCUGGGCCCAAGACUAUUUAACAACCUCACAUAAUACAUAAGGAGAAUUACUAAUAUAUUUCUUGCUAUCUCUCUUGUCUGAUGGCCUAUAUGUACUCACUCUUUCUCUCCUUUCUGUUAGUGUGACUUUGUAAACGGUACAAGUCGGACCGAAACGUCGUCGCAAGCUCCCCUCUCCUAUGUGCGGGUUAUUUGUGUAUUGAUUUCUGGCUGUCUUCAGGAGGAAAAUGAACAGAUAAAGUCAGCACCCGAUCAGCCGGGCUGUGGUUCGUACGUCGUAUUGAGUGCAGCCAGCAUUAAGAGCUUGGUGGAUCAGAACCUGAUCCACUGGAAGGCCUGGUCGACGACCUGGUAGAUUCCAAUUAGACUAUUAUGCUAACAGCAGCUUCUUGUUGAGAUAAGAUGUACAAAAAAUAUAUAUAUAAUAAAUAUUCAAAAACA